AGAUAAAGAGGAAGUUGUUCUGUGGAUGAAUACAGUAGGACCCUACCACAAUCGCCAAGAAACAUACAAAUACUUCUCUCUUCCUUUCUGUGUGGGAUCAAAAAAAAGUAUCAGCCAUUACCAUGAAACCCUAGGAGAAGCACUUCAAGGAGUUGAAUUGGAAUUUAGUGGUCUUGACAUCAAAUUUAAAGAUGAUGUAAUGCAGACUACUUACUGUGAAAUUGACUUGGACAAAGGAAGAAGAGAUGCGUUUGUGUAUGCUAUCAAGAAUCACUAUUGGUACCAGAUGUAUAUUGAUGACUUGCCGAUAUGGGGUAUUGUUGGAGAAGCAGAUGAAAAUGGAGAAGAUUAUUAUCUUUGGACUUACAAAAAACUUGAAAUCGGUUACAACGGAAAUAGAAUUGUAGAUGUCAAUCUGACCAGUGAAGGAAAAGUGAAAUUGGUACCAAACACAAAAAUCCAGAUGUCAUACUCAGUGAAAUGGAAGAAAUCAGAUGUGAAGUUCGAAGACCGAUUUGACAAGUAUCUUGACCCAUCUUUCUUUCAGCACAGGAUUCACUGGUUUUCAAUUUUCAAUUCUUUUAUGAUGGUGAUCUUUCUGGUUGGCCUAGUGUCUAUGAUAUUAAUGAGAACUUUGCGAAAAGAUUAUGCAAGAUACAGCAAGGAGGAAGAAAUGGAUGAUAUGGACAGAGAUCUAGGUGAUGAGUACGGGUGGAAGCAGGUCCAUGGAGAUGUUUUUAGACCAUCCAGUCAUCCUCUAAUAUUUUCAUCGCUUAUUGGUUCUGGUUGUCAGAUUUUUGCUGUGUCUCUUAUAGUCAUUGUUGUUGCAAUGAUAGAAGAUUUAUACACAGA